CAACAAAACCUCACUAAACCCAUCUAAACCUCACGAAACCUAUCUAAACCUCACGAAACCCAUCUAAACCUCACUAAACAUCACAUCUUUCAGGAAACUGAAGAGCCGCGACGGCCAGUUUCUCACGUACUCAGUUGUGUACGGUCGUCGUUUGCGCGCGGACGUCUGCUCCUGAGUCCUGACCAGCGUCUACUUCAGCAGGUCCUCCAACACGAGAACGGUACAUUCUUAGUACGUCCAGUGAUUAGUAAGUCCAGUUAGUACGUCCGGCGAUUACAGCGACCCCUUGCGCUCGGCACCGCUGUCCCGGCUGUACGUGUAGCAGGCGGAAAAUCGUAAACACAGCUUCCAACUACAUUAAAGAAAAUUGAUCACAUUGAUAAUGCUGCUAACAUAAACACUUCGAAGAGACGCAAUGAUGGAUCAUUGAAGCAUAAUGCUGGUAGUUCUCUAAAACAAUCAGAUAAAAAUAACUAGACAAAACAACCAGUUUUAGAAGAUUUUUCGAACAACAAAAAAUUAACUAGUCAAAUUAUAUGAGAUGCAAGGAAUAUAAGAGUGGAUAUCCAGCAACAGGAUCGAUAUCGCUAAAUUUGAAUGACAAUGCUUUUUUCAUCAAGAAGUGACAUGAUCAUAGCGUAAGGAGAGAUGACACACCCAUGAGGGAAUUACGGAACACUCUUGCAGAAUAGUGUGUAGCUCAUAGUCCUACACCUUAUUCAGCUAAAGCAUUAUACAUGCAAGCAAUUAAAAACCACAGAGAGAAUGCGCCAAAUAAGAAAAUUCAUAUUCCCCUCCAACUCCAAGGAAUAUUUUACACCUCCAUCAACUUUUACAAAUUAAUGAAAACAGACACUUUGCCUUCACAUUCCAGGCACAACCAAAUCAAUUCUAUCAGGGGUAUGUAAAUGGAAUCAGGGAUGGUAAAUGGAAUGUUAGUUGGAUUUGUCUUUUGUAACACAAGUUUUAUUCAAGACACAGCUGUUGAGUUACAAAACGUAAGUCAAAAUUAUUAUUUUUCGUAUUUUUAAGUAUUAUUAGUAUUAUUAAGAUCUUGCUAUUAAGUAUUGUUGACAAGCACCUCUCAUCGCUCGGUCAUAAAUGCCUUAUUUAUGCUGAUGAUCUGGUAAUUUUCUCUUCCAAUAAAUCCCUCAAUAUUUCCAUUGACAACAUCAAUUCUGCCCUUAAAGAUCUUAAGUUUAUCCUAACCAAAUUGUCUUUUGAAGUUGCUCCUGAAAAAUGUAAAUCUGUUAUUUUCACUCGACGCAGAUACAUUAACCACCUUAACAUAUAUUUUGACAACAAUAUCAUACCUUUUGUACCAACUAUCACUUAUCUAGGUAUCAUCCUUGAUCCCAAACUUCGUUGGUCACCUCACAUUACGUCACUCACAACUUUCACUUCUCGUUGGUCUAAUUUUCUUAGAUCAAUAACUGGUACGUGGAGGGGCUCUCAUCCCUCAUGCUUACUAUCCAUUUAUUUCUCAAUUAUACGCUCUAAAUUGGACUAUGGCUGUUUCCUUUUUGGGUCAGCCUCUUUUUGUAAUUGGAAAAAACUUAACAAACUUCAAAUCUCUUGCCUCAGAACCAUUAUGGGUUAUGUAAAGUCCACUCCAUGUCCUGCCAUUGAAGUCGAAUCUAUUUGCCCACCCUUCAAUAUUAGAUGUCGUUGGCUCGCUGGUAAAUUUAUUUUGAAAUCAUUAUCUCAUAGUAAACACUUAAUUUUUGAUAUUUUCUAUUCUUUAUAUCUCAAUUGGCGCUAUGUCCCCAAAUCCACUCCUGUCUUAUCUAUUAUCGCUAAUUCCGUUUCGUGUUUCCACCAUUUCAUCUUCAGCUCUGCUAAACUUCCUCUUUAUGAGCUCCCAUAUGAUUCAUUACUAUGUUCACCUCAUGUUCAAUUGGGUCAUCAAUUUUCUGACCUUUCCUCCAAUGAUUUCAAAUCGAUGUCUUACUCCUCGGUAAAUGCAGCUUUUUCAAACUAUCUUAAUAUACAGUUUUCCGAUUUUAUUAUUAUUUACACGGAUGGAUCGGUAUCACCUCUUUCGGCUGGUUAUGCUUUCCACAUUCCAAAAUUACAUUUAUCUUUCACAAACGACCUCCCUCCAUCGUCUUCUUCCUUCUCAGCUGAGUGCUAUGCUAUCAUCGAAGCCUUAACAUUAAUUCUUAACUUCUCCCGAAAUAAAUAUUUAAUAGCCACCGAUUCUAUGUCCUGCCUACAAGCCUUAGUUUCCAACCCUUUCAACUCUCACAUCUCCCCUCUUGUUCUUCGUAUCAAAUCUCUUGUUUUCGACCUCAAUCAAUCUAACUACACUAUCCACUUCCUUUGGGUUCCCAGUCACACUGGUAUUCGAGGUAACGAGAUUGCUGAUAAUUUAGCUAAAUCCUCCUCCCGUCUUAUUUGUCCCUCCCCUACUCAUCUACCACAUUCUGACUUUAUUCCAUUUUUAAAACAAUACCAAUAUAACCUAUGGUCUUCCCAUUGGAAUAACUUACCUGCAGAGUUCGCUUCCAGAUACAGACAUACAACGCCUAAUAUUAAAAAAAAAACCUGGUUUAAUAACUUAAAUUUACAAAGAUCUCAUAUAGUCCAGUAUAAUCGUUUACGGAUAGGACAUUCAUUAUUACCUAGUCACUCAUUUAAACUUGGACUAAAUGACUCGCCACUUUGUACACUUUGCACUUUUCCCCCUAAUGAAUAUAUAUGUGACCUUCCUCAUAUUUUAUUUAACUGCCCUGCCCUCCGACUUAAAAGACUAAUUCUUUUCAACACUCUUAUGUCUCUUAAUAUUCCCAUCAACCUUUAUUCCAUCCUAAACUCCAAUACAGAAACAGCUAUCAAAACAAUAAUUGCCUUUAUACAGGAGGCUG